AUGGAGAACUUUCGGUUUGGAUUCACCGCCAGCUCAAGCAGGGCCCUGCCUCAGAGAAUCCCUGAAAAAGAGAAAGAAGAUGAGAGGGGGAACUAUGACCCAGAGCAACUUUUGCAGUGUCCCUAUGAUAAGAACCACCAGAUCAGGGCCUGUCGCUUGCCUUAUCACCUCCUCAAAUGCAAGAAGAACCACCCAGAGCUGGCCAGUAAGCUGAAGGCCUGCCCUUACAAUGCUCUCCAUCUGGUUCCUAAGCAUGAGUUGACACGUCACACUGAGACCUGUGAGAGCCGGAUCCCUGUGAACCCUGAAGAAGCUGCUGGAGAAAAUGAAAGCUGUCCAUGGCAUGUCCCAGUUAGUACUUGGGUAAACCCAAACACUACAGAGGACUGGGAAGCAGAAGCAGACCAUGUUGUCAAGCCCUUCAAGUGGGGUGUGGAUACCCAGCAAGAUUGCCAGUUUGAGAGAGACCUAACUAACCGUUUAGGGCGUAGCUCCAGACCUCCCAACACCUUCCCUUGGCCAGAUUUGAAACUUUGA